GCGUCUACAUAUCUUUGCACGAUUUGCAAUUUUACAUCUGCCUUAGCCAUUGCAAACCUGAUGCUGAUUGUAAACCUGAAGAUUACUACCCAAAACAUCAUCCUUUACGUUACAUAAGGUCAUGGAUAUGGAACGAGGACCGAUGGGAACAUAGGGGUGUUGACAUUGCUUUCAAAAACAUACCAUUCUCUGGCAUGAUCUUAGGAGCCACAGCCUGUGCUUGCGUGCACACAAGCGAAAGCGUGCUUCGUCAAUUAUGUCGAUUGGAAAAUCCUGAACACUUUCAAGGUGAUGGAGAUCUCGCGAAGGAAGUUAUCAGAACUUACGCAUGGAAAGUUAUGACAGUUCCUUCAAUGCAGCAUAACAUUAAAUUUAUUAAUGAAAUAGGGAUUGGUACAGAUAUCCAGUCUUUCUGUGCACUCUUUCUCACAACUACCAAUGCUAUUGGAAGUGUGAUUGCAUGGUAUAAGUGGCAAAAGUUCGCUGAAUCGCUUGGAGUGGCUACACUGAUGUGUAUAAGACGAAUGUGGUCAUAUUCCAACCAUCGAGCAUUACUGUUACAAAUGCCCCAACGAUUGUUUCGCAAUCUUUGGACUGGCGUUUGGUAUUGGUGGAACAUUUGA